GAAGUCCACUCCCAACCGCUUCACCAAGACGAGCCAGGGCCGCAGUUGGAACACGGGCAACGGCUCUCCAGAUGCCAUCUGUCUGACAGUGGACAAGCCUGGCGUGGUGCUGGUGGGUUUUUGUGUCUACGGCGGCGGAGGCAGCCAUGAGUACGAGUUGGAGGUGCUCGCUGAUGAUGCCCAGACGGAGCACCCUGGGGAUUCGGUCCACACCCACAGGUGGACGUCUCUGGAGCUGGUCAAGGGAACCUACAGCACCGAUGACUCUCCCAGCGACAUUGCCGAGAUACGCCUCGACAAGGCCGUGCCACUAAAGGAGGGUGUGAAAUAUGCUGUCCGCCUGCGUAACUAUGGCAGCCGAACGGCCAAUGGGGAUGGAGGGAUGACCACGGUUCAGUGUUCCGAUGGCGUGGCCUUUACCUUCAGAACCUGUAGCCUGAGCAGCAACGGGACCAACCAGACUAGAGGACAGAUACCACAGGUGCUGUACUACAGGAGUGAGUAUGACGGAGAUCUGCAGUCCCAGCUGCUGAGCAAAGCCAAUGAGGAGGACAAGAACUGCAGCAGGGCUCUCGCAGUGGUCAGUGCAGUGGUCAGAGCUGCCAAGGAUCUCCUUCACAGGGCGUUCACUGUCGACGAGGACAUCCCUGAGCUGCUGAGCUCGUCCAGCCUUUUCUCCAUGCUGCUCCCCCUCAUACUGGCCUACAUCGGCCCUGUGGCUGCCUCGGUACCCAAGGCCGCAGUGGAAGUCUUUGGUCUGGUCCAGGAGUUACUUCCUGCUGUCUCCGCUUUGAACCAGAAGUAUGCCCCACUGGCUUUCAACCCCAACCAAUCAACAGACAGCACCACGGGCAACCAGCUGGAGCAAGGCCUAUCAGCUUGCACCACCUCCAGUCACUAUGCUGUGAUAGAGAGUGACCACCCUUACAAGCAGGCCGGAGUCACACAGUAUAUGCUGUCAUUCCCGGACUGCGUGCGGUGGACCACCAUCGAGUUUGACCCCCAGUGUGGCACAGCCCAGCCAGAGGAUGUCCUCCGCCUGCUCAUCCCAGGCCAUUCGCUUCACCUGUCCAGCCUCGGCACCAAGCCCCUGGCCCACGACACCAUCAACACCUGGGUGGAGCUCAAGAAGAUCUCCGGCUCCAAUGGCUGGCCCACCACUGUCCUAGUGCUGCCAGGAAACGAGGCCCUGUUCUCCUUAGAAACUGCCUCUGACUACGUAAAAGACGAGAAGGCCUGUUUCUACGGCUUCAAGUGUGUUGCCGUGGGUUACGAAUUCAACCCCGGACCAGAUGAGGUUAUUAUCCAGCUGGAGAAGGAGUUGGCAUACUUGGGCAGUGUGUGUGCUGCUGCUCUCAUGAAGAAGGAUCUGGCUCUUCCUAUAGGGAAUGAACUUGAAGAGGACCUUGAGAUUCUUGAAGAGACCUCUCUCCAGGUGUGUAAGGCCCACACAGGUAUCCUGGGCAAGGGGCUGGCCCUGUCCCACUCCCCCACCAUCCUGGAGGCUCUGGAGGGCAACCUGCCCCUGCACCUGCAGACCAACGAGCACUCUUUCCUUGAGGACUUAAUCACCUGCGAGCAGAACUCCAGCGGAGGACGCCUGGCCAGGUGGCUGCAACCGGACUCAUACGCGGACCCCCAGAAGACGUCUCUGAUCCUGAACAAGGACGACAUCUGCUGCGGCUGGCCCACUACAGUGGCCGUCCAGACCAAAGACCAGUACGGAGACGUGGUGCAUGUGCCCAACAUGAAGGUGGAGGUGAAGGCGGUGCCUGUCUCCCAGAAGAAAUCCAUGCAGCAGGAGUGCAUGAGGAAGCUGCAGCGUCUCCCAGGCAGUGCCAACCCCUCCUCCUCGGGCACUGCUGACCUGACCUUCGGGGGCCUGCCCAUGCCCAAGCUGGAGGCCACUUACGAGCCCAUGAUCGUCAAGGAGGCGCGCUACAUCGCCAUCACAAUGAUGAAGGCCUAUGAGAAUUACUCGUUCGAGGAGCUUCGCUUUGCUUCGCCCACUCCAAAGAGGCCCAGUGAGAACAUGUUGAUCUGGGCCAACACAGACGGGACCUACAGCGCCAACUGGACCCCCGGGGCUGUGGGCCUCUAUACCAUUCACGUCACCAUCGACAGCAUCGAGAUCGAUGCUGGUCUGGAGGUGGAGGUGAAAGACCCUCCUAAAGGCAUGAUCCCACCUGGCACACAGAUGGUUAAACCCAAGGCCGAGCCCCAACCUAGCAAGGUCUGCAAAUUUGUGUCCAUGGACAGUGCAGGCCUCCGCGUGCGUAGUCACCCCUCCCUGCAGAGCGAACAGAUAGGCAUAGUGCAAGUCAAUGGCACCAUCACUUUCGUUGAUGAGGAGGCCAGGGGCCAAUUGGAGCAGUGUGUUAAGGAGGUGAGCGCCAGCGGCCGCCCCUCCCAAGAGGCCCCCUCCAUGCAGGAGCAGGACAGGGUGAGGCAGGGCGGCGGCGGCCCUGGGCUUUAUAAGGUAGUGAAGACGGGCCCCUCGGGUCACAACAUCAGAAGCUGCCCACACCUUAGGGGUAUCCCCAUUGGAAUGUUAGUACUUGGGAACAAGUUCAAGGCAGUAGGCGAGGUGAUAAACACAGAGGGGACGUGGGUCCAGUUGGACAAGAAUAGCGUGGUGGAGUUCUGCGAGAGCAACAAAGGAGAGGCCUGGGCUCUGGCCCGAGACCAUGGUGGAAACCAGUACCUACGACAAGGGGAAGAACAAAGCCUGCUAGAGCAUGGGACCCAGACCCCCCCAAAUAGCCCCUUUUCUGUCCAGGCCUUCAACAGUGCUGCUGGAGCCAUUGGGGCCUACGAGACACAGGGCUUCAACUAUGGCAUCUCAAACAACAAAGCCUCUAGACACCGGCAGAAAAGCCACUCCCCAAAACAGGAGGGUGGACGCUCCUCGGACCAUUCCAAAAGCAAAGACCUGUCGGCCAGCGAGGCUCUGAUCCUGAGGUCGGACACGGCCAAGUUGCGGUCAGACUCUCAUAGCCGCUCUCACUCGCCCAACCAUAACACCCUGCAGGCGCGGAAGGCCGAAGGGCGUGAUCGUAACUCCUCCGGGCUGCGCGCCGAGUCGCCCAACCCUGGCUCCCGCUCCUCCUCGCUCAAGCAGAAGGGCCUGUCCUCCUCCUCGGGGAAGUAUAGCCCCUCUAGCACCUCCUUGACGUGGUCCUCCUCCUCCCAGCAUGACAAGAACCUUGCUCAGGACAAGAACCAACUAAUUGACAAGAACAUGCCACCAGACAAGAACCAACCCCAUGACCAGAACCUCCCUCCCAAAGUCAGCCCCUCCAAGGCUCGGCUGGACCCGCCCAGAGAGAGGUCCAAGUCGGACUCGUACACACUGGACCCGGACACCCUACGGAAAAAGGUCCCUCUCACCUCGGAGCCACUGAGGGGAAGGUCCACCUCGCCUAAACCCAAACUAUCUCCCAAGGACAGGUGCAGCAAAGAAGGUGACAUGAACAUGGAGAACCGCAGCCCAUCGCCCCAUGUGACCCAGGAGGACCUCCACAGGGAGGUGGUGAUGUGUACGUCUAUUGCUCUUCUUUCCGAUGAUGAAGGAAAUGAUGAGAACGUUGACGUGAGCAACACAGAGGAGGGCUCUUCCAAUGUGCACUUCAGCAUCGGCAAGGUGCCCAUCAAGGAUGAGCUGGAGAGCAGCCGCUCGUCGCCAAAAGUCAGCCGCAAGACCUCCAGCCGCCACGUGCACCCCAAGAAGGACAAGUCUGGCCCGCUCUUCAAGGGCGAGAGCUCAUCAAGGCUCACCGAGACCACCAAGCAGGCUAUGUCGCCCUCGGUGGCAGAGUGCGCCCGGUCGGUCUUCGCCGCGUUCCUCUGGCACGAGGGCAUUGUCCACGACGCCAUGGCCUGCUCCUCGUUCCUCAAGUUCAACCCGGAGCUGACCAAGGAGCACGCGCCCUUGCGCAGCUCGCUGGGUGGCCAGGGCGGCCAAGAGGAGAAGGAGAGCAAGCUGAUGAACCGCCACUCGCUGGAGAUAUCCUCGGCCCUCAAUAUGUUCAACAUUUCCCCACACGGGCCCGACAUCUCCAAGAUGGGCAGCAUCAACAAGAACAAGGUCCUGUCCAUGCUCAAAGAGCCACCACUGGCCGAGAAGUGCGAGGACGGCAAGGGGGAGCCCGUCUCCCACGAGAUGACCUCUCAUCCCUUCAUGAGGGCCAAGUCCAACCUGCCGCUCACACUCCAGCACCUUGUUGCAUUCUGGGAGGACAUCUCCAUGGCGACCAUCAAUGCAGCCACCCAGAACAUGAUUUUCCCCAGCCCGGGCUCCAGCGCCAUCCUGAAGAAAAAGGAGAACGAGAAGGACAGUAAGAAGUCCAAGAAGGAGAAGAAGAAAAGAGAGAAGGCGGAGGUGCGCCCCAGGGGGAACCUGUUUGGUGAGAUGGCCCAGCUGGCCAUCGGGGGACCGGAGAAGGACACCAUCUGUGAGCUUUGUGGGGAGUCACACCCUUACCCUGUCACCUACCACAUGAGGCAGGCCCACCCAGGUUGUGGUCGCUACGCGGGAGGCCAGGGCUACAACAGUAUCGGCCACUUCUGUGGGGGCUGGGCAGGAAACUGUGGAGACGGAGGGGUCGGUGGAAGUACCUGGUACCUGGUGUGUGACCGCUGCAGGGAGAAGUACCUGAGAGACAAGCAGACUGCGGCCAGGGAAAAGGUGAAGCAGUCGAGGAAGAAGCCCCUGCAGUUGAAGAUGCCGCGGGCGCUGCCCACCAUGGAGGCCCACCAGGUGAUCCGUGCCAACGCCCUUUUCCUGCUUUCCCUACGCAGCGCCGCCAAGCCCAGCCUGCUGUGCCACCACCCGCCUCGCCCGCUUCACUCCAUGCUGCCCAGCCUCAAGGAGGGCGUCUCCGACGAGAUGCCCAACAAAAUGGGCUGCCUCUACCUGCAGAUGCUGGCCAGGCAACACACAGAGAACUUUGGUGGGUACCAGGAUGAGAACCUGUUCCAGGAUGAGAUGAGGUACCUACAUUCCACGUCUGUCCCUGCACCCUACAUCUCAGUCACCCCCGACGCCUGCCCCAACGUGUUCGUGGAGCCCGAGAGCAACAUGAAGUCUAUGCCACCCAGUCUGAAGACCAGCCCAAUCACAGAUAGUGACUUGUCCAAGAGGACGGUGUUCCAGAGGUCUUACUCUGUAGUGGCCUCCGAGUAUGACAAGAAGCACUUGGCCUCUCCAGCCAGGGUCAAAGCCGUGCCCAGACGCGGAGUCCACAGUGGGGAUGCAGAAGUGGGUUCUUCUCUGUUGCGCCGCCCCUCCCCGGAACUGUCCCGUCUUAUCUCGGCCCACGGAUCCCUCAGUAAGGGCGAGAGGAACUUCCAGUGGCCUGUCCUGGCCUUCGUCAUCCAGCACCAUGACCUGGAGGGACUGGAGGUGGCCAUGAAGCACGCCCUGCGCAAGUCCGCCUGCAGGGUCUUCGCCAUGGAGGCGUUCAACUGGCUGCUGUGUAACGUGAUCCAGACCACCUCGCUGCACGACAUCCUGUGGCACUUUGUCGCCUCCCUCACCCCGUCACCCUUUGAACCCGAGGAAGAGGAGGAGGAAGAAAACAAAGCCCCCGGGAACAAGAAAAUUGUGAUGGAGCAGGAGAGAGACCUGGCUGUGUGUGAGCACCCGCUGUCUGACAUUGUGAUUGCCGGGGAGGCUGCCCACCCCCUCCCCCACACCUUCCACCGCCUCCUCCAGACCAUCUCCGACCUCAUGAUGUCACUUCCUAGUGGCAGCUCCCUGCAGCAGAUGGCCCUCAGGUGUUGGAGUUUGAAGUUCAAGCAGUCUGACCACCAGUUCCUGCACCAGAGCAAUGUGUUCCACCACAUCAACAACAUCUUGUCCAAGUCGGACGACGGCGACAGCGAGGAGAGCUUCAACAUCAGUGUGCAGUCUGGCUACGAGGCCAUGAGCCAAGAGCUGUGCCUGGUGACCUGUCUGAAGGACCUGACCAGUGUGGUGGACAUCAAGACGUCCAGCCGUCCGGCCAUGAUCGGCAGCCUGACGGAUGGCUCAACUGAGACCUUUUGGGAGUCGGGCGAUGAGGACAAGAACAAGACCAAGUGCAUUACCAUCAGCUGCGUCAAAGGCAUCAACGCCUCUUACAUCACUGUGCACGUGGACAACUCCCGUGACAUUGGGAACAAAGUCACCUCCAUGACGUUCCUGUGUGGCAAAGCCGGGGAGGACCUCUGCAGAAUCAAACAGAUCGACCUCGAUUCGCGUCACAUGGGCUGGGUGACCAGCGAGUUUCCUGGGGGAGACCACCAUGUGAUCAAGGUGGAGCUGAAGGGGCCCGAGAACACGCUGCGGGUGCGCCAGGUCAAGGUGCUGGGCUGGAAGGCUGGCGAGAGCAUCAAGAUUGCGGGGCAGAUCUCGGCCAGCGUGGCCCAGCAGAAGAACUGCGAGGCCGAGACACUCCGCGUUUUCCGCCUCAUCACAUCACAGGUAUUUGGGAAGCUAAUCUGCGGAGAUGCUGAGCCCACCCCUGAAAAGGAGGAGAAGAACCUGCUGUCAUCACCAGAGGGGGAGGACAAGGCGCCGUCAGACGCAGACCUGAAGGAACACAUGGUGGGCAUCAUUUUCAGCCGGAGCAAGCUGACCAACCUGCAGAAACAGGUGUGCGCCCACAUCGUCCAGGCCAUCCGCAUGGAGGCGACCCGGGUGCGCGAGGAGUGGGAGCAUGCCAUCUCCAGCAAGGAAAACGCCAACUCGCAGCCCAGCGACGACGCCGCCUCCUCGGACACCUCCUCGGACGCCUACUGCUUCGAGCUGCUCUCCAUGGUGCUGGCGCUGAGCGGCUCCAACGUAGGCCGCCAGUACCUGGCCCAGCAGUUGACACUGAUGCAGGACCUGUUCUCGCUGCUGCACACGGCCUCGCCCCGUAUCCAGAGACAGGUGACCUCUCUCCUCCGUCGUGUCCUCCCAGAGGUGACACCCGUGCGCCUGGCCAGCAUCAUCGGCAUCAAGGCCCUGCCGCCUGCCGAUAUCAGUGACAUCAUCCACUCGACCGAGAAGGGUGACUGGAACAAGCUUGGCAUCCUGGACAUGUUCCUGGGCUGCAUCGCCAAGGCACUCACCGUGCAACUCAAGGCCAAGGGAACCACCAUUGCUGGCACGGCGGGCAUGGCGGCAGGCAAGGGCAUCACUACUGUCACGCUGCCCUUGAUCUUCAACUCCAGCUACAUUCGCCGGGGGGAGAGCCACUGGUGGAUGAAGGGAUCCACUCCCCCUCAGAUCGCUGAGAUCAUCAUCAAGCUGGUCAAAGACAUGGCUGCCGGGCACCUGUCGGACGCCUGGUCUCGGGUGACGAAGAACGCCAUCGCUGAGACCAUCAUGGCUCUCACCAAGAUGGAAGAGGAGCAUCGCUCGCCAGUCCGUUGCAUCGCCACCACCCGGUUGUGGCUUGCUCUGGCCUCUCUGUGUGUGCUGGACCAGGAUCAUGUGGACAGGCUGUCCUCAGGCCGCUGGAUGGGCAAAGACGGACAGCAGAAACAGAUGCCCAUGUGCGAUAACCAUGACGACGGCGAGACAGCAGCCAUCAUCCUGUGUAACAUGUGUGGUAACCUGUGUACCGACUGUGACCGCUUCCUCCACCUGCACCGACGCACUCGCUCCCAUCAGAGACAGGUGUUUAAGGAGGAGGAGGAGGCAAUCAAGGUGGACCUCCACGAGGGCUGUGGGAGAACAAAGCUCUUCUGGCUCAUGGCUCUGGCCGACUCCAAGACCAUGAAGGCCAUGGUGGAGUUCAGGGAGCACACGGGGAAUCCAGCCUCCUGCAGCUCAGACGCCUGCAGGUUCUGUGGCACCAGGAACGGCACCGAGCUCUCGGCUGUGGGCAGUGUCUGCUCUGACCCAGACUGCCAGGAGUAUGCCAAGGUGGCGUGCAGUAAGACCCAAGCAUGCGGCCACCUCUGUGGCGGGGUGAGGAAUGAGAAGAGCUGCCUGCCCUGUCUGCACGGCUGCAACAAGAGCACAGGCUGCCUGAAGCAGGACGCCGACGACAUGUGCAUGAUCUGCUUCACUGAGGCGCUCUCUGCCGCUCCCGCUGUCCAGCUGGACUGCGGUCACGUGUUCCACCUCCAGUGUACCCGUCGUGUUCUGGAGAACCGUUGGCUCGGGCCCAGGAUCACCUUCGGCUUCAUGUCCUGCCCCAUUUGCAAGAACAAGAUCAACCACUCGGUCAUCAAGGACCUGCUGGACCCUAUCAAGGAGCUGUUUGAGGACGUACAGAGGAAGGCUCUGAUGAGGAUGGAGUACGAGGGGCUGCACAAGAGCGAGGCCAUCACCACGCCCGGUGCCCGCUUCCACAACGACCCGGCCGGCUUCGCAAUGAAUCGAUACGCCUACUACGUCUGCUACAAGUGCCAAAAGGCGUACUUUGGGGGAGAGGCGCGCUGUGACGCGGAGGCAGGACAGGGAGACGACUACGACCCCAGCGAGUUGAUCUGUGGAGCAUGCUCAGAUGUGUCCAGGGCACAGAUGUGUUCCAAGCACGGGACAGACUUUCUGGAGUACAAAUGCCGGUACUGCUGCUCGGUGGCUGUGUUCUUCUGCUUCGGCACCACUCACUUCUGUAACGCCUGCCACGAUGACUUCCAGAGGAUGACCAGCGUGCCCAAGGAGGAGCUGCCUCACUGUCCUGCAGGUCCAAAAGGCAAGCAGUUGGAGGGGACUGAGUGCCCCUUACACGUGGUUCACCCACCCACCGGCGAGGAGUUUGCCCUGGGCUGUGGAGUGUGCAGGAACGCCCAUAGCUUCUAAAAACACCCAGGUCUGAAAACUGAGAGACACGUACCGAACACUUCUCCUACUGGGACUGCAGGAUGUUGGCUGCAGCCUGAGCCCAGCCUGUCAAGUAUCUCCUCGUGUUGGCUUUCAUGUUGUCAGAUGGCCCUGGACACUGGAUCAGGCUUUCUACCAUACCCAAGAGUCCCAAGUUGUGCUCUUCUACCUACCAACCAGAGUCUUCGAGGCUACUACAAAACACACAGAGUUGAGGCUCUCUAUGUGCAUUCCAGAGGAAACUCUAAUAUAAUAAUGAAACUUGUGUCCUGUUUGCAUGUGGCCGUUGUAACCCCUUGGCUUCCAUAGAAGUUGCACACCUCCCGAUCACUGAAGUGUAACAAUGUAUUGAAUAUAGUUUUUUUGCUUAAGGCAAUUAGGAUGAACUUGGGAUAUAUACAAGAAAAAAGAUGAGACGGGCUGUAUUUCCAGCUUCCUAACAAUGAAUUCAAAAUAUUGUUGUAUGUAAACAGACUUUUUUUGUAAUCCUGUACAUUAUUAUUAUGUCGAGUGCAUCAUGGGUUGACAGACCAAAAAAAUUAAGUGAAUAAUUCUGAUAAGGUGGUGAAAAAGACUUAUGAAUAUGGUUUGGAGCAAAAUAGUGUGCAGUUGAUCUAAUCUUGUAUAUAAUGAUGUAUUCUGAAGUUGCUGCUCUACACUUCAAUUUUGUUUGAUAUUCUGGUUUAUGUUUUGAGCCAGAACUUUUAAUGAAGUGCAAUACUGGGUGUGCCUCCUAUCUUGCAGCUGUUUAUCCUAUGGAAUGUAUGUCAAUAAAAGCCACUGUACAUUUUUAUACGGCGAUAAACAGUCGUAUUCCCCCAAUUCAAAAUGUCAGAUCACUUCUGUUCUCUGAAAAUGAUGAGGAGCCCAGCGUCUGCAGUGUAUGAAGGUCGAUUGAUGUGAACACUUUUUUCUGCUCCACAAUCAGAAAAAUUACGCUGCGGUAAAACCCUUUUUUCUGUGUUUUUUUUUAACAACUCAGAAGGUGAGUAUGCUGUAGGCUACCAUUCUAUUGUAAAUGUCCGGUAACUCAACGUGUUGGGGGGGCCAGUCUUCAGAACCAAAUGGUAAAAAUAAUUGUGAAUCCGUGAUGCUUUUCCAUCAGUAGGAGGCAGGGGGGACAUGGGUCUGGGUAUGGGGGUCUGAGAAAAAACAAACGGCUGUUAUAAAAGCGUAUUACUUGUAAUAUCUGUGGUGAAUGGAUUUGAAUGGAAAUAAACCAGGUUCUCUGUUUCGCAAGGUA